ACGCUGGCUCAUAAAAAAUGUUAAAAGAAAAAACACCUACAAAAGUCAAACUUGACAUUUAGGUUUAUUCUUAUAAGAGGGACAAAAUAGUAAAACUGGUCUCAUACCAUGUGAUGACGAUAGAAGGCGCCCAACUGUGAAUAAACAAAUCCCUUGAAAGCUCUCAUCCACCAUUUUCCAGCUUUUAGCAACUUUCAAGGACUCAUUUAUUGAUACUGACACACAAAUCUCUUAUUUUUCUAAAUUCAACCACAUAUAUUUAUAAUUCUUAUCUACCCAUUUUGCUCUCAAUCUCUUCACAUGUCAGUUCACACAACAUCUCCUUCUCUCUUAAACUAAUUAUAAGCUUAUAUUCUUCUUUACCAUGAGAAAAGCUUAAAAACGAAAACCCAAACCAUUCAUGGCAGCAUUCGAAAGCAUCUCGAAUCUGCUCUUUUACAUUGCGUUUCUUUCUUUACUGCCAUUAGAGACCACAUCGACAUCAACAAUACAAGCACAAGCUCUUAUUAGAUGGAAGCGUACCUUAUCAUCAUCUUCAUCUUCUUCUGAUGAUGAUUUACUGGAUUCAUGGUCUUCAAGAAACAUUCAGAAACUCUGCAACUGGACUGGUAUUGUCUGCAAUGAAGGUGGUCUGGUUUCCGAAAUUACCCUCCAAGAUUCAUCUCUCUCUGGAACACUAACAGAGUUUGAGUUUUCUUCAUUCCCAAAUCUUACCCACUUGGAUAUAAGCAAUAACGAUGUCGGUGGGUUGAUUCCAUCCGCCAUUGGCAACCUCACCAGCAUCAUGUUCUUGGAUUUGAGCUCAAAUGGUUUCGAAGAUGAAAUCCCAUCUGAGAUUGGAAGGCUAACACAGUUGAGAUAUCUGAAUCUUAAUGACAAUAAUCUGAAUGGUGUUAUUCCGUUUCAGAUCAGCAAUCUUCAAAAGGUAUGGUACUUGAAUCUUGGAGGGAAUUACUUGACUACUCCAAACUGGUCUGACUUUUCAAGUAUGCCAGCUUUGACUUUUCUUAACUUUUACCUCAAUAAUCUUGAGAAUGGCUUCCCUGAUUUCAUUCUCCAGUGCAAGAAGUUGACUUUUCUUGAUUUGUCAAUAAACCAAUUCAAUGGCUCAUUACCUGAAUCCUUAUUCACCAAUCUCAACAAGAUUGAAUACUUUAAUGUCUCUGAUAAUUUGUUUCAAGGUCCAUUGUCAAAGGGGUUCUACAAUCUUACUAAAUUGAAAGAUCUUAGAUUAGGAAACAACCAAUUCUCAGGUCCAAUCUUGAAAGAUUUGGAUUUGAUGCCGAAUCUUGAAGUUAUUGAAUUGUUUGGCAAUUCAUUUCAUGGAGAGAUUCCUUCUUCUAUUGGCCACCUUCGAAAUCUUCGGUACCUUGAUCUUCACUCAAAUCAACUCAAUUCUUCGAUUCCUUCUGAGAUUGGAUUCUGUUCUAAUCUCACCUUCUUGGCUCUCGCCGGAAACUCGUUUUCCGGUGAAUUGCCUUUCUCUUUGUCAAAUUUGACCUGGAUUUCUGAUCUUGGUCUCUCGGAAAACAAUUUUUCCGGUGAAAUUUCUUCUGAUUUCAUCAGCAAUUGGACCCAAUUGGUUUCCUUGCAGGUUCAAAAUAAUCUCUUCACUGGGAAAAUCCCACAGGAGAUUGGUCUCUUGUCAAAUCUGAGUGUUCUCUUUCUGUAUAAUAACAGCUUCACAGGCCCCAUUCCUAUGGAGAUUGGGAACUUGGAGAAUCUUAGGAGUUUGGAUCUUUCAGACAAUCAGAUAUCGGGUUCAAUACCUUCCACAAUUGGAAAUUUGGUUAACCUUGAAGACAUGCAGCUUUUCUCUAAUAAUCUCAAUGGAACAAUUCCACCGGAGAUUGGAAACUUGACUUCUUUGGUCAAACUUGACUUGAACACAAACCGGUUGAGUGGAGAGUUGCCUAAGACACUCUCUAAACUUUCUAAUUUGAUGGUUCUUUCGCUUUUUAGCAAUGGUUUUUCAGGGGGUAUUCCUGCAGAUUUAGGCAAGAACAAUCUUGUUUUGACAAAUGUGAGCUUUUCAAACAACAGCUUCACUGGAGAACUACCUGCUGAAUUGUGCAGUGGCUUUCAGUUUGAUCAGUUCACUGUGAAUGGCAACAGUUUCAAUGGGUUAUUACCAGGUUGCUUGAGGAACUGCACUGGAUUGCGUCGUAUCAGGCUGGAUGGUAACAGAUUCUCUGGUGACAUUUCACGAACACUUGGUGUACACCCAAAUCUUACAUACAUAAACCUCAGAGAAAAUCAGUUUACAGGUAAAAUCAAUCCCCAGUUGGGUAAAUUACAAAACCUAACCAAUCUGGAAUUAGGAAGAAACAGAAUCUCAGGGAAAAUUCCGCCUGAACUUGGAGACUUGCUAGAGUUGAGUGUUCUAAGCCUCGAAUGGAACCAACUUACUGGCGAAAUCCCAAGUGAAUUGGACAGAUUAAACAAUUUGUUCAAUCUCAAUCUCAGCAACAAUCAGUUAAGUGGACAAAUCCCUCCAGCCUUCGGCAACUUAACCAACCUCCAAGCUCUCGAUUUAUCUAGCAACGAUCUGAAUGGAAACAUACCAACAACAAUUGGGAAUUGUGUAAGGUUAUCAAGCUUGAACUUGAGCAACAAUGAUUUGUCAGGAGAAGUGCCUUAUCAGAUCGGAAACUUGUUCGGAUUGCAGUAUGUGUUGGAUCUUAGCAGCAAUUCAUUCUCCGGCAGAAUUCCUCAAGAUCUGACGAAGCUCAACACACUCCAGAAUCUUAAUCUUUCUCAUAACGAUUUCUCAGGUCGAAUUCCUCCAGGGAUAUCUACUUCCAUGAUUAGCUUGCAAUCAAUCGAUCUCUCGUACAACAAUUUGUCAGGUCCAAUCCCGAACGACGGUGUAUUCAAACAGGCACCGGCAGACUCCUUUACCGGAAAUCCGUAUCUGUGUGGAUCAGAAAAUGGAUAUCUUCCUUGUGACAGCAACGCUUCAUCGAAAAAAUCCGGCAAUAAGAAACUGCUUAUCGCAGUUCUUGUACCGGCGGUCACUUUCGUCUUCAUGGCAACAACGAUUGCUAUCUUCUGUAUAAUCAUUCGAAGAAGAUCAAAACCUGUAGACGAAGAGAUCAAAAGUACCACAACAAUUGGAAAUUCCGAAACGGUUAUAUGGGAAAGAGACGGAAGAUUUACGUUCGGAGACAUCGUGAAAGCAACCGGAAACUUCAAAGAGAUGUAUUGCAUCGGAAGAGGAGGAUUCGGGAGUGUGUACAAAGCGAAGCUACCAACCGGACAGAUCGUGGCGGUGAAACGUCUGCACAUGUCGGAUUCCGACGAUGUUCCGGCGAUAAACAAGAAAAGCUUCGAGAACGAAAUACGUGCCCUAACGGAAGUCCGUCAUCGGAAUAUCAUCAAACUCUACGGAUACUGUUGUAGGGAAGGCGGGAUGCAUUUAGUGUAUGAAUACUUGGAAAAGGGUAGUUUGGGAAAAGUACUCUACGAAGAAGGUAGGGCAAUAUCAGAAUUAGACUGGAUUACGAGGGUUAAAAUUGUCCAAGGACUCGCACAUGCAUUGGCCUACUUGCACCAUGACUGCAAUCCUUCGGUUGUACAUCGGGACGUGUCGUUAAACAAUAUUUUACUCGAGUCCGAUAUGGUCCCUCGAUUGUCUGAUUUCGGGACGGCCAAAUUGUUGAACCCGGACUCGAGUAACUGGACCGGAGUUGCUGGAUCAUAUGGUUACAUGGCACCAGAACUUGCACUCACAAUGAGGGUUACAGAGAAAUGUGAUGUUUACAGCUUUGGAGUCGUAUCGUUUGAGAUUAUGAUGGGAAGACAUCCUAGAGAGCUUUUAUCAUCUUUGCAAUCAUCAAAUACGAUCUCUACAUCUCAAGAUAAUUCAAAUAUGUUGUUGAAAGACGUCCUUGAUCAGAGGCUUUUGCCUCCUAAUGAUAGUGUCGCCGAACAAGUGGUGUUUGUGCUUAAUGUUGCUCUAGCGUGUACACGAUUAGCACCCGAGUCAAGACCUUCGAUGCGUGUUGUUGCACAAGAACUAUCGGCUAGUACUCAACCUUGUAUAAUUGAGCCAUUAGACCAAAUUAGAAUCGACAAGUUAUCAAGUUUCCAAAAGUAGAAAGAAACUAUUUUUUUAAGAUCAUUUCACGUAUCAUUAAACAAGCAGUGAAAUUUAAAUAAUCUAUUGUACAAUCCUAGUUGUAAAAUUGAUACAUACAUUUUUUGGGGUAA